GCUGAAUCGAUACUACAUCCUCAAACCCCGCCUUUUCACUGUGAGGAAUUAAUUUUUUUUUUGUACCCCCAGCCAUUCAUUUAUAUUUUUCCGUCACAUGGGCUGUUUGGGUGCAAUGUGAGCUGUCGACACACUGGCUGCGGCUCGUCUGUAAAUGAUGGGGAUAUAAAAAAAAAAAUUAAAAUUAAAAAAGAGAGAGAGAGAAAGGAGUCCGCAUCUUUCUGUCUGCAUCUCCUCCGAGGCUUCACAGGAUCAUGCAACACCUCAAGCCAUGGCGAGCUGUGCUGCUUUUAACCGUGCUGUGCCAGCCGGGACUCUCAGAUAAAUACGGUUGCCUGUUUGAGAGAAAACUGUGCAUGAGGGAUCAGUUCUGCUCGGAUGACGGGCUGUUUGGUCAGUGUCGGGGCUCUAAGCAGGACCUGGUCCAGUACCAGGUGUCAGUUCCUGUUCUGAAGAGGAUGCAGGAAGUCCUCAAACAGCUCAUGCUGCAAGGUCUUUCCUGGCAAGACGACAUCACCCAAUAUAUUUUAUCAAAGGAGCUGAAGAGAGUUCCCCACACCACCCGCCCCGCCAGGCCCAACUCCUCUUCCUCCUCCUCUUCCUCCUCGUCUCAUUCGUCCCAGUCCAAACAGAACAUCCCCCACCACCACAGCUCUAAGUCGGGGUCCGCACCUCCUGGUGGCAACUAUGUGGACUACAUGAUAGUGGAGCCUCCUCAGUCCCCGCUACGCAUGCAGACCGCCUCCAUGGACCCAUACGCAUACCACCAGCACAGAUAUCAAGAUGACGUGGAGAGAUCCCUGAUGGGAGCAGGAGCCGGUUAUGCCCGCCCCUCCUCGAGGUCACAGGCCAAUCAGAGAGAGCGAGAACGUGACAGGCAGCUGCUACAGGAAGCCUUGUCUCUCUACCUGGCGUCUGCUCAGCCUUCUUAUCGCCACAGAGGAGCAGCGUCCAUGGCUCCUGCAGGUCUGCCUUACUACGAGGACCUGGAGCUGGAGAUACCAGUGGACUAUGUGGAUGACUACACCCUGGAGGAGAGAAUUGGCACUGCUGGAAGACAACAAACUCCACAACAUAAAAAAGUUCCUCAAGACAUCAGCACUCUGUCUGGAAAAAAUGACGGCCUGCUGCAGAGGAUGUCAGGAGUCCUGCAGCGGUACGGGGUGGACCCCCGAGAGCUGAGCCAGGAGCAGCUCUACAAGCUGGCCCUCAUCCUGCAGCUGAUGCAGGCUCAAGAGAAACCAGAUCCAAUUGAGAAAGACCUGAUCACCCUCAAAGAGAUGCAGCUGUUUAAAACAGACAGUGUGCCCCAGAAGCCGGAGAAGCCGGCCCCUGUUGCCCAUGCUGCCCCUGUUGCCGGCCCCCCUGCUGCCCCCUCCUCCGCCUCAGUCCCAGCUCCGCCUGCAGCUAAGAGCUCCAUCCUGCCUCCUUCUGCCUCCAAGCCUCCGCAGGUCGCUCCUGCUGAAGCCGGACCAGGCUUGAAGGAGCAUGGUCUGCCUCUGGCUGAGGGGACGGGAGCCAAGGAGGAGUACGGGUACAUAGUCACCAACCAGAGUCCUCUGGGUUUAUAUGAUGGAGUGAAGCUGUUGGAGCUGCUGGCUAAUAAGAUCCACCUGACCACCAGCAGCUUUAUCAACAUCAGCGUGGUCGGCCCGGCGCUGACGUUCCGGCUCCGCCAGAAUGAACACAACAUGACGGCUGCAGAGGUGGCUGCUAAAGCUGUUUCUGAGAAGAACUUCCUGGAGUCGGAGACAGGCCUGAAGAUCGUACAGACUGGUGUGGGAGAGAGGACGGAUGCACGGGGUCUCCCUCAGGUGAGCAGGGUCUCCCCGGGCUCCAGUGGAACAGUCAUCACGCUGGCCUCCAUGGCGGUGGUGGGGGGCCUGCUGGUGUUGGCCAUGGCUGUGGCUUGUCUCAGGCACUACGCUCAGCAGGUGGCUAAUGGGAAGCUGGGCCUGGGGCCAGAGGGAGGAGCUGAAACACACUUUGACUACCAGGAGCUUUGUCGGCAGCACAUGGCGUCCAAAUCCUCCUUGUGUCGCCAGGACUGUGUUGGCGUGGGAACCAGCGGCAUGGCGGGCUCCGCCAUCGGCACCGGUGCUGGAGGAAGAAGGGGGACGGACACGUCCCGCGUCAGCAGCGUGUCCUCCCAGUUCAGCGACGGUCCCCAGCACAGCCCGUCCUCCACCCACAGCUCCACCCCGUCCUGGAGCGAAGAGCCGGCCCAGUCCAACAUGGACAUCUCCACCGGACACAUGAUACUGGCGUACAUGGAGGAUCACCUGCGUAAUAAGGACCGUCUCCAGAGGGAGUGGGAGGCUCUGUGUUCCUACCAGGCUGAUCCCAGUUCAGUGGCUGUGGCUCAGACCCCCAACAACAUGGAUAAAAACCGACACGCUGAGUCCCUCCCCUACGAUCACACUCGGGUGAAGCUGAAGACUGAAGUGAACCCCAAUAAACAAGAUUACAUCAACGCCAGCUUUAUCUUUGACCACGACCCUCGCCAGCCGGCCUACAUCGCCACACAGGGACCCAUGGCUCACACUGUCGCUGAUUUCUGGCAGAUGGUGUGGGAGAACGGCUGCACGGUGAUCGUGAUGAUGACGGCUCUGGUGGAAGAUGGAGAGAAACAGUGCGAGCGAUACUGGCCUGACGAGGGCUCGUCCCUCUACCACAUCUACGAGGUGAACCUUGUGUCGGAGCACAUCUGGUGUAAGGACUUCCUGGUGCGCAGCUUCUACCUGAAGAACGUCCAGACGCAGGAGACCAGAACCCUGACGCAGUUCCACCUGCUGAGCUGGCCGGCUGACGGCAUCCCCACCUCCACACGGCCGCUGCUCGACUUCCGCAGGAAGGUGAAUAAAUGCUACAGAGGCCGUUCCUGCCCAAUCAUCGUUCACUGCGGUGAUGGAACCAGCAGGACUGGCUCGUACAUCCUUAUUGACAUGGUGCUGAACCGCAUGGCCAAGGGAGUGAAGGAGAUCGACAUCGCAGCCACACUGGAGCACAUCAGAGACCAGAGACCUGGUUUAGUCCGCACCAAGGACCAGUUUGAGUUUGCACUGACAGCAGUAGCCGAGGAGGUGAACGCCAUUUUAAAAGCCCUGCCACAGUGAGCUGAGGACGCAGUGAGGACAGGCACGCAGGAAGAAGAAGAACCCACCAGGACGCACUCCAACGAUCCAGUCAUGUUUGUCAGGCCAUCACUGUAAAUAAGAAUUUGCUCCACAGCACUCGCAGCAGUUACUGCUCGUUUCCAGCAUGCAGUAUUUCACCAUCUACUCAUUCUCUGGGUUUUUAAAUCUUUUUUGGAACUUCAAUGAUGUCUGGCAGGAUGUAAAUAUGGACAGAAGAUCAAAUCUGUUCGCCAAAAUGGCUGAAAUUAGAUCUUUGCCCUCUGAACAACAAAGAGUAAAAACUUGCAUACACUGUGCCCCUUUCCAUGUUAACUUUGAGUCUGAGAGGAUAGAAAAUACUUCUGUUGAUGGUUAUAAUGACAUUGUUUACUUAUCUUACUGCCAUCUGAUUGACUCCCUUCUACUGGACAUGAUUACCUCCAGGGCCGGCUCUAGCCUAUUUGGUGCCAUGCACAACAUGUGUGAAAAAUUACCAAUAUCCAUUUUUUUAGCUGAGUAG